CACUAUUAUGCCAGUGCGUGGGCAUAAAGUCUUCCAACCAACGACAUCACUCUUUCAUUUCACUUAACAUGAAGUUGAUUCCAUGGGCUGCAUUGCUCUCAUUGACCACUGUUCAUGCUGCUUCGUUGCAUCAGCAACAGUCUGCGGACUAUUCGGUUAUGCAAAGCCAAGUUCCACCGCUCCCUACCAGCAGUUCAGACAUAGUUCGUUAUGAUGAUGAAAAGGUCAUGGAAGCGUGCAUCAACAACACUGUGGAUAUGCAAAAUACGCUUGAUUGGAUUGAGUCCAAUGGAUGGGACUUGUGGAAACAUCCAAGCGCCGACAACUGUUUACACGUUCGUUUGAAUCAACAUGACCAAGACAUUUUCCUACAAAACUUGCCAGCUUCGGCUGAACACAGGGUAUUUAUUUCCAAUAUCCAAUCGUUGAUUGAUCAACAACAGAAAAUUUCCGCAGCUGGCGUAGGCAAUGACACCACAGCCAACUAUCAUGCUCAUUAUCACACAUAUGAUGAAAUCAUCACGUUCUUGAAAAAUAUAUCGGAUACCUACCCUGACCUUGUGCAAUUGUUUUCCAUUGGCAAAACUUAUGAAGGCCGCGAUAUCUGGGGGAUCACCAUCAAGAGCAAAAAGGCAAGAGAACCCACCAAGCUAUGGAUGAAGAUUAAGGAUUAUUUCAUUACACCAUCGAACAGCACCAAUGGGAAGAAGAAAAAGGAGAUGGAGCUUAUCAUGCAUGGCGGACAACAUGCGCGGGAGUGGAUAUCGGUGGCGACCAUCACGUAUUUCAUUGAUACACUGUGUUCUAAAUAUGGCCAAGAUAAGCAUAUUACCAAGGACAGAAUGUGGCGUAAAAAUCGACAACCGACGUCGUUUCCCUUCUGCACAGGCAUCGAUCUGAAUCGUAAUUGGGGAUAUGAAUGGAAUCGAGGCGGAUCAUCGCCCAACCCCUGUUCAGAAGCGUACAUGGGACCUGCCGCAUUUGCUGCAGUUGAAACCAAACUCAUGGCAGAUUUUGUUGCGUCAAGACAGCACGCUAUGAUGUAUAUUGACUUUCAUUCCUAUUCACAACUAUGGAUGUCGCCUUUUGGAUCAGACUGUAACGAAAGACCCAAGGACGAAGAAGAUCUAACUGAAUUGUCGUUAGGAGCAACGCGCGCUCUUAAGGCGGUACAUGGUACUUCGUUUGCUGCGGGACCCGUUUGUAAAAUUAUCUACCAGGCUUCUGGAGGAUCAUUGGAUUGGACUUACGCUGUGGCCAAUGUCAAAUACUCAUUUGCUGCUGAAUUGCGUGAUGUGGGUCAAUAUGGCUUCCUAUUGCCGGAAAAUCAGAUUGUGCCCAGCGGAGAAGAAACGUUGGCCGCCGUGUUAUUUGCUGCUCAAUUCAUUAACGAACGAGAGAAUGGUAAUAAAGGCCAUUGAUGGCGGGGUUAGGUUCCAUCGAUGUUUUGUUUCAGU